AUGGCAGAGGUAUUGGGGUCAGUAGGGGAAAUAUUGAAAGUUGUUGAACUAGCAUGGAAGGUUUACAGAACAUGCCUUGAAGCGCAAGGAAAAGAUAGCCAGCUUGUAAUCAGACAUAGCGAUUUGUCGUCUCUCGAAUCCGAUUUACAAAAGUUCAAAACGAGACUUCUUGUAUUGAGCUCUUACUUAAGCUCUCCAUUCCGAGAACAACCCAGUUCACAAUACAGCGCACUGUCUUAUUGCUGGGGAAAUAACGAGCAUGAAGCGACCACUGAAAGAUAUCGCUCCCGGUGGGAUAUGGCUGGAAAACAUGUAGUGAGCUACCAGAUAUGUCCCCUUUUGACGAAGGAGAUUUGGAAUCCACCGGAUUUGGAGAGGCAUACCAGGCAAUUGGAAAAAGCGUCAAUUUGGAUCGAAUCAUCUUUCUGUAAUCAGCAGCCCUCAGUUCACCAGUGGAGAACGAAACCUCCCACAGGUUUUUUCGUCGGAGCUUAUUCAAACGAUCCAGCGUCCCGUAAAAAACGACUCUGCGCAGGGUAUGCCGAUUCUUCUUUGGGCUCAGAAUAUGGUACACAAGCCCGGGAAACAUUGGACAGCCACGUUCCAAAGUGUUUCCAGAGUGAUAUUUCGCUCUAUGUAAUCGAGGACGGCUGCGAUACGACAGAUAUCAUUCUAGGGCGGAGUUCUGUAGAGGAAUAUUAUCUCAUUCCCGCGAAAGCAAUGCAUAAUUGCUGCUCUAGCAUAACUUGGGCAAUGAAGCGGCUUUUUUCGCUAUGCCUCCGAAGCAGCCAUACUGGCGGAAGUAGGAACUUUGGCGAUAAUCGGUUUCGGAAGAUGAUAUUUGCAGGUCUUCUUUGCCUUCAGCCCGUCUCAGCUGUCGCAAUAGAUGGGGAAAGAAUGAAUCGAUUGGUAGCGGAAGAUUAUUUAUUGAAGCCCGCAAACUCGCUGGGAGAUCUUGAGGACCUAACCACCAACCUCGCAACAGCUUUCCAAAACCCCGACAUCGUCCUAGCAGCAUCCUUCGCAGCCACAACAGCAGUCGUCGCAAUGUACACCCGAAACGGCGACGAUGCCAAGCAAAAGCACUACCUCCUCAGCGGUCUCAUGUUCGGUCUCAUCGCCGGUAGUUUCUUCGCAAGCAACGCCAUGACAUUCGUCUUCGUUUGGAUCUUCGGGGGGAUCAUAUGCGCUCUUUCUGGACGAAUGACUUAUCGAAGCUGUGUUUUGAUGAAGGAGAUUAGGGAUUUGGAUAGGGACGUGAAGAAUUAG